UGUUUGUGGACCUCGGCUGCUGCUUUUGGACUCACUGAAGACUCACAAAAUGGCAUCUGUGCGAAAUGCUCUCGAAAAUGAGUGUUGUACCUCACCUGAAUUUAUUUCUCCUGGAAUUACGGGCUUAGCCCAGCCCAUGGAUGUUUCGGUGAUGCGAGAGUUCAAGGGAUUAUGCCGAAACUAUUACGUGAACUACCACGCCGUCAACGACUUCGCUCAAGGUGCCCCUGCUCGCCGUGCGUUAAUUACAGAGAUUGUUGUUAACGCAUGGAAAGCAGUGAGAGAAAAGGUAAUUGUACGAGGUUUUAUUAAGGCAGGCAUUGUGCCUUAUGGACCUCGGGAUGCCGAAGGAAACUUUGUAGUUGACGCGCUAGAAGAGUCAGACGACGAAGGAGUAGAGGAGGAGAAUGACAAUAAUGAGGAGGAGAAUGACAAUAACGAGGAGAAGGACAACAACGAAGAUUAAUAAAAUAUCUUCAAUUUUACCAAUAACUGUUUACUUUAUAAAAAAAUAAAGUUGAAUACACC